GGCAGGGGUGGAUUUGCUAGUGUCGUCGCCGCAUCGGUUGUCGAUAUCUAUCAUACUUACUAUCGGUUGACGCCUUUUGUCGAAGGAUAACAGCAUCGAUUCACACGUACAUACGUUGAUAUGGAGCGGUACCUCAUCAAGCGGCCUCGUGACUGCUCGGCGAGCACCCACCUGUCCACUGGGCAGGCCAAGCGCGUCAAGGGCGGCGCAUCGCAGCCUCAGGCUCACAAGGCAGGUGGUGGCACUCAGCAGCAGCAGCAGCAGCAGCUCAAGCAAAUGGAGAUCGGGCCGUCCAUGAAGCUGCAGGAGGCCAAGUGAGCGACAGAGAGAGAAACCCGACGGCGUGCCGACAACCACACACAGAUACAUCCAUCCAUCUCUUCUAGUGAAUGUGUGUGUGUGUUCGCUGUGUGUGCAGGGUUCGUUUGUGUAAGGUGUGUGGCGUGCCCGUUGCCCCCGGUGAGCACCACGAUGACAAGCUGCACGAGGAGAUGGGCUUCAUCACCACCAAGAAGAAAGUCAAACAGCCCGUCAAGUGGCCAGGGGUAAGCACAGCUGGGCCAACACGGCCAACCAGUACACACCCAGCACAGUCUAGACCACACCCAUCGAUCUGUGUCGCCUUGCCUUGCCUCGGUCAGGCUCGGCGUUUCAUCGUCCGCACUUUGCCGCGGGGCGAGGCGAUAGCCCGCAUACACGGCAAGCCGGACCAGGCCGCAUGGAAGAAGGUACACAACACAACACGGACACACGCAGGGGUGGAGUGCUCAGCUCACCGCUGUUUUGUGUGUGUGUGUGUGUGUGUGUGUUGUGGUAUGCCUGGGGGUCAGGUUCAGUCGAUAUUUUCGGUGUUGAAUGAGGAGAUCGGCCACCCCGGGCUGCACGAGUGCCACCUGCGGUCGCACGACCAUCAGGUGGGUGGGUGGCUGUGGAGGAUGAUGGCCCCAUCAACCACACGACCCUCUUUGUGUGUGUGUGUAUGUGUGUGUGUUUAGUUGUAUUUGUACCUGAAGCCUCCCUCACUCAGCGUGGUGGGCUUCCUUUGGACCAGACCUGUGCAUAAGGUAGGCCGGCAUCACCCACACCCCCACCCACCCACCCACAGCACCUCAUUCCAGCCUUCUCUCUAUCCCGUUUUGUCCACCACCCGCAGGCGUAUCCCGUGUUGUUUGAGCAAGAUUUGUCGCAGCCCUCCUCGUCCAGUGCCAGUGCCAGUGCUGCUGCUGCCGGUGGGAGUGGUUCGUCCUUCCCGUCGCUGGAGCCCGUGCAGCUGCAGACGUCACAGCCAAAAGAUGCCCGCCUGGGGGUGGAGGUCAUCUGGUGGGCGAUGAAGGGAUGGAGGGAGGGAAGACUCUCAACAGUGUGUGUAUGUAUCGUGUUCAUGCGUGGCAUUUAGGGUUCACGCGUCCCACCGUCGGCAGCGGAUCGCUUCACAGCUGGUCGAUGCGGCAGCGUAAGCAAGCAGACAGACAGGAGAGGAACCAAACCAACGUCGGUCCACCAUCCACACACACCCCUUGUCUGUCUGCUUGCUUCUCAGUUCGAUGUUCGUGGAGGGUGUCAAGGUGCCCAGGUCGGAGAUCGCAUUCACACAGGUGAGGUGGGCGGCUGGGCGGGUCGGUGGGAGACAGACAUUGCCACCACACACUGCCGCACUCUCUCCUCUGAAUGGAUGUGUGCAGACUACGGCGCUGGGUACCCUGUUUGCGCGUCGCUACGUGGGUGCGGUGCACUUCAACGGCUACAGCACGGUGGACGAGGACCAGCAGGACAUCUGCCGAGCUGCAAAGAAGGAAACCGAUGCUGAUGGUGGCGAUGAUGAUAUGCAGCAGUGAGGAAUGGGAGAGGCGUAGGUGUCGUCAUAUGUUAUUGCCAGUAUCGUAUUGGACUGUAUUGCAUUCCAUUGAUCGGUUUUCUCAGCUCUGACGCCCGCUUUGUCCUUGUACACUGUUCGCCCUUGAUGGCAGUGAAGUUCCCAGCCCAGCAGGGAACUUUGCUGAGGUCAGGGGUGGCCUGCGCAGAAGGACCGAGGGGGCACAGCACAGCACGGCUAGAGAGAAAGGAAGGACCGAAGGAAGGAUUCAGUAUGAAGACAAGAGGGACGAACUACCUCGUCGUGUUGCUUGUCUCUCUCUCUGUCUGUGUGUGUGCGUUGUGGGUCGUGCUGGCGUCUGUCCAGGGGAUGAGAGAUACAUCCUCUAGAUGGGUGACUGAGUGACUCACAACGCGCAUACACAGACAGCGGGAGAGACAGCAUGCAAGAAGAUAGAUAACAGCCAGGGGAUGAGUGAGAGGGAGUGGAUUGGGGGAAGGGAGAUGGUUUCUGUGUACAGUGAGCAUUCAUGCAUGGGUGCGCGGCCAUGGCCAGCCAUAUAUCCCCACACACACGACAGUGUCUUCGUGGGGCAGUCAGGCAGUGUAUAGGCUAGCCAUGGUAUGAUGUGUGUGCAUCACAUCAUCCGGUCCAUGUGUGUGCAUUGAUUGAUUGCAUUUGUGAGAG